UUUGUCUUUUAUCAGACAAAACGACGGUUUCUCGUCUAUUGGCCAACCUCCCCUCGCCUGCUCGCUGCCGCUCGUCCCCAUCGCCCGUUUCAUCGCCAGUUUCAUCGCCGGCCUCUGCUCCCGAGCACGAAAGCAAGCUGGUUCUUCGUUCUCUCCCGUCUUUGGGGUUUUUAAAAGAUUGGUUUAACACAGGAUGAGUGAGUUCUACUAUUGUUGACAAAUUUCUAUAGAGCAGUGGAAUUGUUGAGGAUUCUAGCAUCAAAGAGAACCUAUCACCAGCCAUGCUGAGAUGGAGGAAAGUAGUGUAUGGAAGGAUGCAACCCAGGGAUUAGUACACUGCAACAUGAGCUUUACUAUUGGGUUAGACGUUUCGUUUAAGUUGGUUUCCUCAAAGUUUUAAAGGAUUGGCAUAUCAACAUUAGUUUCACUAUUGAGGACAUCUCUCAAUAGAGAGGUGGAAUUGUCAUGGAUUCUAGCAUCAAUGAAAAUCCAUCACCAACCAGAUCUAGAUGGAGGAAAGUGGCAUAUGGAGGGAUGCAACCUGGGUUUGAUGACAACCACACUGAUGAAACUUUCCUUGAAGCUAUGGUCAUGAAUACCAAUGUUGUUAAACGCAGCAUGCUCAAGGUGAUGCAAGACUCAGUUUCCAUCUCUCAAUAUCUAUGCAUUGUUGCUCUUGUCAUCUUGGUUUGGACCUGCACCCUCAGAUCAACCCUUAAUGAAAAUACCCUUUUGCUUCUGGAUGUAAGCCUUCUUGGCCUGGGAUUCUUAGUUCUCAUCCUAACUGCUGAGAUGAUGUCUCUCAAUCUUCUCUUCCAAUAUUUCAUCAACAUCUCAUUUUUCACAACUGGAUUAUAUGUUUUGGCACCCAUCUACCAAACUCUUACAAGGUCCAUCAGCUCAGACUCCAUUUGGGCAGUAACGGUUUCACUUCUCAUACUCCAUCUCUUCCUGCACGACUACUCUGGGUCCACCAUAAGAGCUCCUGGGGCUUUGAAGAAUCCAAACUUGACAAGCUGCAUCUCUUUGAAUGCUUCUGUAGUGGCUUCAGUUUUUAUUGCUUCUCGCCUCCCAUCAAGAAUACAAGUUUUCGCCAUCAUGCUAUUCUCCUUGCAAGUCUUCCUCUUUGCUCCACUCGUCACAUACUGUAUUAAGAAAUACUCCUUCCAGUUACACCUCUGGUUCUCUUUCGGGUUGAUGGUCUUGACACUGGCCUUCGUUUACAUGCUGCAUCGGCUACUUUUUGUGCUGCUGCUGGGUCUGUUGGUUUUUGUGACCGUGGUCUGUCCUUACUGGCUUAUAAGGAUUCAGGAAUUCAAGUUUGAGAUCAAUGGCCCCUGGGAUGAGGCUAAGCUCUGUUUUGACAUUACAGAAUGAGAUUCUUUGUGUCCAUCUUCUGUAUUGGUUGGAAACCUUGAAAAUGAUUGAGAAAUCGAUUUAUUCA